GGCCCUGGGUUCUUGAACAGAAAAUGUCAUUUUCUCUAAGUGCGAGUUCUUCCUGGACUGCUCUCCAUUUGGCCUGUGCCAAUGGCCAUCGAGAAGUGGUAACUCUCCUCGUAGAGAGAAAAUGCCAGCUUAACCUCUGUGACAGUGAAAACAGGACAGCCCUGAUGAAGGCAGUACAAUGCCAGCAAGAGGAGUGUGCAGCCAUUCUGCUGGAGCAUGGCGCUGAUCCAGACCUCGUGGACAUGGACGGCAACACUGCUCUGCACUACGCUGUGCGGGGUCAGAAUGCAGCCAUCAUAGCCAAGCUGCUGGCACACAACGCAGAUGUUGAAGCCAGAAACAAGGAUAACCUCACACCACUUUUACUUGCUUUAAGUGAAAACAAACAGCAAAUGGUAGAAUUGUUGGGAAGGAAGGAAGGAAAUAGACAUGCUGUAGAUAACAUUAUAAGCAAUCAUCAACUAAUUUCUCAAUAUGAAGAAGAAAAGAGACUUCAUUCUUCUCCAGCAAUUAGCAAUCCAGGUUUCUCUUCUGUGUGCUUCUUAUUGGAGAAGAUUUAACUCUAGAAAUUCUUGGUCAACUAGAGCUCAGACGGUAUUUUCUAAACUAUGGAGGUUCCUUCCCUGGAAAAGUGUAUUCCCAUACUCAGAUGAAAUUUCAGGGCGAUGUCUCAGUCGAAAGGAAGAAAUCUAAGAAACAAACCGACUCUGAUGACAUAUCAUUUGCAUGCCAUCAUUUCUCAGCUAAUAUUUGCUGUGAUCUCCAGCUCUGCACCCAAUACGAAAGAGUUACACAAAUCAAACAUAGCAGGUAAACCCAUAGAAAAAUCGGCCUGAUCUUAUUUCUUAGGAAUUGUAAGAAAGCCAAAUUCCUCUGUAGGUAAAUGGUUUUUCAGGCUUUUCUGCCCUCCCACUAUUGGGAUAGCCCUGCCUGAUGGGGCCCUGCAGUUGUUACAUUGUUGCAAACUGUCUCCUUUACUUCUCUGGGUCAUGGGAGGCCAGAGCAGGAGGACUGGCCUGAGCCAGAGUCUGAGAGAAGAGCAGAUCCUGAGGCAGCAACUGGGCCCCAGCAGCUCCCCGCCCCCACGGGG